GGCAGGCGGCCCCGCCCAGCCCCCCGCCCCCACUGAGCUCUCCGAGGCCACCGCACCAGAUGCCCCCUGUGUCAUCCUUCCGCUCCCGGGCUGGCGCUCUGUCCCAACAGCCCUGCCCACGGCAUCCUCUGCCCUCACAUAACCUCCUGCAGGAGCUGGAGAGCAAGCUGCUCCUUGGGCCCUCACCGCCGGGCACAGGCCUCCCCGGGGGCGGGGGCACCGCAGGAGAGCCACCCCGGGCGCCCCACAGGGGCCCGUGCCACAGGAGCGAGGCCCAUCACCUCGCCGGGCGUUCUUCCCCUUGGCCCACCGGACACGGCGGGCUGGGAAGUUCUUUGUCUGGGGCCUGUCUUAGACGGCCCGGAAGCGGCCGCAGCCCCCUCUCUCCUGCCCCGCCAGGGCCCACCUACCCUUGAGGACCCUUGCCCUGCCCUCCUGCAGGACCCCUCCCUGGACUAGCUUUCCUGUUGGGAGCCACGCGAAGAAACGAGGAGCGAAAGCAAAGCCCUGGCCGCAGGACACAAGGCCUGGAGGGAUGGACGCCCGUUGUCUCAGCUGGACCUUCUAUAAGGCCGCUCGAACCACAUCAUUUUUGUUCACAGACCCUUGGUGGCUCCCCAUGGCCUCCCCCGCCUGACCCGGAGCCUGGACUUGGAGGCUCCUGCUCCCCAGCUUCAUGUCCCACCGCUCUGGGAACCACCCUACCACCAAAGUGCACCACCUCUCCAGACCCCUCUGGGCGGCACCCCUCCCCCGCCUUCCCACCCACCUCUGCCUGCUGAGCCUUCGAGCUACCGAUCGAUGGUCACCCUCUUUCCCUGGAAUCCUUGCCUGAAGUGCUCUACUCCCAGCCCCAGCACACAAUGGAUUACCCCUGGCCCAGGCCCCGGGCACGCUUGAGCUUGACCCAUCUUCCAACCCCGACCACGCUCUACCUGUUUGGAGGACACCCGAGAGCCUGAGGAAGACUGUGAGCUCCCUGCGGCCAGGGCCUCUGUCUGAGUCACCCCCUCAACUACCCGAGAGCCGAGCAGAGCCGGGGGUGGAGAAAUUGCCCCGUUUCCUGUUGAACGGUUGGGUGAAGUGGACAGAUGGACGGACAGAUGGACAGGUGGAAGCUCUCAUAGAGGCAGAGGCUUCGGUCUCUGGGCUCGGCCGCUGGGUUGGAGAAGGCUUGCUCUGGGAACGUGGAACAGGCCUGCUUCGGAUGACUUCCUGCGAGUUAACCAGUCACCCGUUGUGUCUCCGGGAUCUUCCCAGAAAAGAGACAGUCCAGACGAAGCCAGCCUCAAUGUCCCCAGGAGCUUCUGGAGAAGCAGCUUCCAGAAACUGGUAGGACCGACUCCAUCCACAGGAGGCCCCAGGCUGAGCCCCGGCAGGAAAAGCAGGCCCGAACUCAAGUGGGGGCACCAUACUGCCUCCGAGCCUGAUGGGGGGGGGCAGAGUAGGGCCUCAUGGUCAUGUGGGCCCCCUUUCCUUGGCCACCUCUCUAUACACCUUCAAUGGACAGCUCUGAAGCCGUUCAGCCACCUGCUGCCCAGGAGCCCCACGGACCCACGUGCCUGCUUGUGUGACGAUUUGCCCAUGAGCACCUUGUAAAGUGGACGGCAGUGUUAUCCUCGUGCUACGGGAGGAAAACUGAGGCUCACAGCAGGAACAUCCCAGGUCUGAGGUCUGGGAGCAGAGAAGGGGCCCCUCUGGGUUUGUAAGGCUGGUGGGCUGGCUCCAGAGGGGUCCCCAGCCCCUGUGCUGUGCUGGGGCCUGCCUGCAGCCCGCGCUCCCAGCCCCCUUCCCCAGGACCCUAAGGCCCCCCAGGAGCUUCCUGGCAACCUGGUCAGCCCUCCCCAUCCCCUCUGAGCUCCCCAUUUCCUGUCCUGAGCCCAGCACCUCCCCUUCCCCCAGGGCUCGCUGGCUGGCUUUUUGGCUCAGUGGGUCCCUGGUGGGGGGAGCCUUUGGGCCUAGGGCAAGGGCAGGGGAGGAGAGUGCCCUAGGCUUGGGGAAGGGGGAGAGGGGAGCUAAGCCGGCCACCCCCUUACAGUUUUUAGACCUCAAGGAGUCACCACGAAAUUCCAUUCUCCUGACAGCAAAGAAACUGAAUCACUCUUGCCAAAGCCCACGGCCCCCACAAGAAUGCUGUAAAGCUUUGUCCGGCUGUUCCCAGACAGGCAGCCACACCCGGGACCCCCCGCUCCCCGAGCCUGGCUGCAGAGAGGCGCAGGAAAGCCCCCCCCCCCAGGCUGGACUGGUCCCGCUCUGUACAGGUGCUCCCUCUCCUCGCUCCCCGCGUGCAAGGCAGCAGUGCACCGAGCUUCACCUUGCUUUCUGUACAAUGGGCAGCCUGGAGCCGGGCCACAAGUCAGGGAAAGCAAGGAGUGCCACGUCCUCGGCAGGGCCUUGUCAGGUGGGUGUGUGGGGUACCACGGCGGUGUGCUGCUCCCCCUUGACCUCUCAGAGAACAGUCAGCAUCUAGGGGGUACCAAGUAUGGAUGCCACUGACCUGAAUCCCAGGUGCGGCGCACAGCUCAUGCAAAGAUUUUGGGGCACAAUGGUGCUCGGGCUGCUGGGGAAUGGGGAGGAUUGCAGGGUUCAACAAGAAAUGGGGCUGGGAAUAGGUAGACACCAGGCCAGGAUUUGAACUCAGAGCAAUGGGGAGCCAUGGAAGAUUCUGAUUAUGUGUGUGUGUGUGUGUGUGUAGGGAGUGGGGUAUGAUUAGAACCGUCUGGUUGCAGAGUGCAGAAUAAAACAGCAGGUAGAUGGGCGACAGGGAGACCAGGGUGGAGACUGCCCAAGACGUCCAGAGGAGAGAUGAAGGUGGUGGAGGGGCCUCCUUCUAACAAUAGCCCAGAUCUGAGAUAGAUGGGAGUUGGUGGUGGGGCAAGGGACAUGGGGACUUCAGACUUGAGGCUGGGCUGGGGCUCAGCCUACUGUUUGGGGGCAGCCCAUGCAGCCAUAGGGAAUUUUUCUCCCCUGCCCACCCCCACCCCUCCAGCUGCCUCCAGGCCCUGAGGCUGGGCUGAUGGGGGAGGGGUUUAUGGCAGGAGGUGACACCACGGGAGACUUAUCACUUGGGCACAGCCAGGACCAUCUGCUCAGGCAUCUGCCUGCCUGAGGUGGUGCCUGCUAAUUACCUGGGGUGGGGGGGAGCAGGAAGAGGCCUGGGAACCACUAUCCUCCAUCACACCCCAUGACAGAGGGGCUGGAGGAGGGCCCCAGGACCCUAGGAGCAAAUGGGCCACAGCCUCCCUGCUCCCGGGUGGGGUUGGGCAGACAUCUACGCAGUAACUCCUUACAGAGCACCUACUACGUUCCAGCCCUGUUCUGCACUUGACCUUUGCGGGGGGCAGACAUCUCUACCCAGUAAAUCCAUACAGAGCACCUACUACGCCCUGUUCUCCUGAACUUGACCUUCAGUGCAGGAAGGGGGACCCAUUGCAGGCAGAGGGCUAAGGGCUGUGAGGAGAACUGGCCUGUGGGCAGAGUGAGCGCUGAAUGGGCCGCCGGGCCCUGGUGGUCGCAAAGGGCCUCCCGAGGAGGGGAUGCCACAGCCGAGAGGGAGGGGAAGGAGGCUCAGCCAAGCGGAGAGCCGCCCCCAGCUGCGCUUCCGGAAGAUGCUGAGGGCAGGGAGCUCAGACCCUGAUCCCGCGCCAGGGGGCCCCCUGGUCACUUCCGGGCCCCUCGCCCCUCACCCUCACCCCGGCUGCUGGCGCGCAUUCCUGCCGCCCCUGCUCGUGCGGUGGGCCGGCCCGGCCCGUGGGAAGGCCUGGGGGUGGGGGCCGCCGUGUGCCGGGGAGGCGGGGCGGGGGCACAGCUGGGCCACAUCUGGCCUGAGCGCAGAGGGACCAAAUGGGACAGAAAGCAGCCUUUCAUCCCGCGAGGGGCGGGGCGACUUCAGUUUCUUCUCGCCACGGGGCGUCCGGAGGACUUCGGGGACCGGCUCCGCACCCCCGCCGCCGGGCUGGAAUUCGAGGAAAUUAGCUCGGGGCGGGGGCGGGGGUUAGGGCGCUGAAGGUGGAAUUUAAUACAGGUGCUUUCUCGGUGGAAACACGUGUCCCUGCCCGUGGCUCGGCGGGGGGGAGGGGGGCUCAACAACUCCUCAGCAUUAAUCACCGCUGCCUUAGGUGCGCUCAGGUCCAGUUAGGCGCCGCCCCCUAUUCUUGGCACGCACCACCGCAAGGGGAGGACGCCGGGCUUGGGGCGGGGCAGUGCACCGCAGGAUUGCGGAGCCUGAAGCCCCCGUGCCAGAGCACCGGUCACCGCGCCGAGGGCGCGCCCUUCCGCGUGCCAGACGCCCCAUGCGGCCCCCGCCGGCGCUGGCCAGCCUGGCUUCCCCUUCGGGGCCACCGGGGCGGGCCGGGCCCAAGGCCCCACGCCCCUCGGCCGCCCGCGGGGGACGACCUGGGCGGGGCGUGCACGUGCUCACAGGGGGCGGGGCGGCAGUGCCCGCCGGGCCUUUCCCAGACCCCCGCCGCGGCCCCACGUGGGCGCUGCGACUCUCGGGGGGCGACCCGCGCGAGGUCCCGCCCCAGGGCCCCGGAGCCAGUGAGAGCGCGGUAGGGGCGGGGCCUCGCGGAGGACCACGCCCCCAGAGGGCGGAGUCCGGCGGGGAGGUUUAAGAGCGCGGCGCGCGGGCAGUGGACAGCUGAACGCGCCGCGGGACCCGGGAUCCUCGGCGCCGGUGUGCGGGGCGGGGCAGGGCAGGGCGCACCGGGCAGGGCGCGCCGGCGGCCGCCACCCCACCAUGCUCAAGCGAUGCGGCCGACGCCUGCUGCUGGCGCUGGCGGGCGCGCUGCUCGCCUGCCUGCUGGUGCUCACGGCCGACCCGCCGCCGCCCCCUGUGCCCGCAGAGCGCGGCCGGCGAGCGCUGCGCAGCCUGGCGGGCCCCGCGGGGGCGGCCCCGGCGCCCGGGCUGGAGGCGGCGGCGGCGGCGGCGGCGGCGGCGGCGCCCGCUGCGCUCGCUCGCGAGGUGCACAGUCUGUCCGAGUACUUCAGCUUACUGACUCGCGCGCGCAGAGACGCGCGCCCACCGCCCGGGGGCGCUCCCCGCCCCGCCGACGGCCACCGGCAGCCGCCGGCCGAGUCGUUGGCGCCCCACGACGUUUUCAUCGCGGUCAAGACCACCAGAAAGUUUCACCGCGCGCGCCUCGAUCUGCUGCUGGAGACCUGGAUCUCGCGCCACAAGGAGAUGCCCGGUCUGCCUGAUGGGGCCACUCUCCCCGUUGAGUUGUGCAAGUGUCAGAGGGGGACCCGACCCCAUCCAACUUCCAGAGCCCUGGAUAGUGUGAAUCGAUCCUACCAGCUGCCAUUGCUUGGGACGUUCAUUUUCACCGAUGGGGACGAUGAAGCCCUGGCCAGGCGCACGGGCAACGUGGUCAACACCAACUGCUCAGCUGCCCACAGCCGCCAGGCGCUGUCCUGCAAGAUGGCGGUGGAGUACGACCACUUCAUCGAAUCGGGGAGGAAGUGGUUCUGCCACGUGGACGACGACAACUACGUCAACGUCAGGGCUUUGCUGCGGCUGCUGGCGGGCUACCCGCACACGCAGGACGUGUACAUCGGCAAGCCCAGCCUGGACAGGCCCAUCCAGGCCACAGAGAGGGUCAGCGAGAACAAGAUGCGCCCUGUCCACUUCUGGUUUGCCACUGGUGGGGCAGGCUUCUGCAUCAGCCGUGGGCUGGCCCUGAAGAUGAGCCCGUGGGCCAGCAGGGGCCAUUUCAUGAGCACAGCCGAGCGGAUCCGCCUGCCGGAUGACUGCACCAUCGGCUACAUCGUGGAGGCCCUGCUGGGUGUGCCCCUCAUCCGCAGCGGGCUCUUCCACUCCCACCUGGAGAACCUGCAGCAGGUGCCCGCCUCGGAGCUCCAUGAGCAGGUGACCCUCAGCUACGGCAUGUUUGAGAGUAAGCGGAACGCCAUCCACAUGAAGGGGCCUUUCUCGGUGGAGGCUGACCCGUCCAGGUUCCGCUCCAUCCACUGCCACCUGUACCCGGACACACCGUGGUGUCCCCACAGCGCCGUCUUCUAGCAGCCGUGGUUGAGACCCUGUCCUCGGGCGCCCCUGGUAUCCAAAGGGCCCGGGGACCUGUGUUGUGCCGCCCUGGCCUUGGCAUUCGAGGCUCCCCCAGGGCUGUGCCUACGUGUGUGUGUGCGCGCAUGCGCGCCCGUCCAUGGAGCAGGCUGCUGGGCAGUUCUGUUCUGCCGAGAAGCAAGCACAAGGGCCACUUGUCUGCCCCGUGGGGCCGCGGGCUCCAGAGCCCCAUCCCAGAGGAUGUGUAUCAGAGGUCACUCUGAGGGCAGUUUUCUUAUUACUGCGGGGUCUUUCGGCAGCGUGGGGAUCAGGGGCUGCUCUGCAGGGAUAUGCAGGUGCCUUUCCCUCCCUGUCGGGUGCGGGCCCUGUGCUGGGGGGGGGGGGCCUCAGAGCCCCCAGCACAGCUGAGCCAGGCUCAGUGCAAGGAAGCUGGGUUUGGGAGGAGCGGCCCGAGCCCCCUUCUCCCGCUGAGCUCUGGACUUAGAGGACUACCAGCCAGCACCUGGUUCGGCGCCCCCCCCCCCCCCCGGAAGCCCCUAGUGGCCAUGUGGCUAGGGGAACAGGGGCUCCCCUCCCAGCCCUCCCUCACCAACGUCUCUUUGUCUCCCCGUGCUGGGGAGACAGAGCUGAGCAUUUUAUCUCCUCUCCGAAGCUGAGAGAACGUCGCCCAUAGUGGGCGUGCCUGUAAAUAUUUGUGACAGUAUUUUUUUACUGUGCUUGUUUAUCAUAAGGGGGUGGGUAAACGGUAGGGUGUUUGUGGGGUUUUUUGGGGGGGUGGGGGGUGGGGUUAUUUUAUCUUUUCUGUGGAUCAGAAAAAGCAGAAGCCAAACUUGAGAUAAUCUUUGUUGUUUAAACGGAGGAAAAUGUCUGCCACUCCACGUAUUUAUAUGUCCCAGCCUCCGGACUGCCCGCGCCCCGUCCUGCACAGGGCCUGUCUCCCGCAGGCCCAGCUUGGCCCACCAGGCCUGUGGAGUGUGUUGUCUUCUGUUUUUCUUUCCGCAAACACAUAGCUAGGAAAGUGAACAAUAAUGGAAAAGUUCUCAGGGAAUUGAAGUGUGGUUGCUAUGGUGACGCCCUUUGCUGUGAAUAAAGGUGCUCUUUGGGGCAACCCCGGGGGGUCCUGGUCUUGCUGGAAGUUGGGCCAGAGACACAGGUCUGUCACAGGUCUGUCGGAGGGGCUCCAGGGGGCCUGGGGGCUUGUUUGCGCUCCUGUGGGGGAGGUGGAUUAGAAGGGACUCCCAAGAGCCACUUGCAGGUGCCGGAGAGGCGCGGCCAGCCCAGGGCACCGUGGAAGUGGUCGUGGGGUGGCUGGAUCGGCAGGUCUCACCCAGAGGAGCAGCCUGUAGGCUCUGUAGCUCCGGCCUGUGUGGGCCUAGCCUGCCCUGGAGGAGGGAGGGGGCUCGCGGGGGCCCAGCCUGGGACCUCCUUAUCUGGCUUCAUCCCCAUCCCAAACCCACAAGAGGCCAUAUUGUCCCAUUUUGCAGAUGGCAAAACUAAGCCUCAGGGCCAGUGACAGCCAAGGUCAGGCAACUGAGCGGGCGGGGGUGGUAAAGAGCUGAAACUCAGAGGCCUGGUGGUCUUGGAUCCUGGCCUCCCCUUGGGCCGGGGACCCCACACUCAACCUCGCCUCUGUGAAGGGGCUCCAUGCCUGGACUGGUCCUGGCGCUGGGCCCCCAGGCCAGCCGGACGGAGGCUGGACGAGCAUUCACACCGAUCUUGUUUUCUGCCCGCUCCCUGUGGCUCGCUCUUCAUCACAUGCAGCCUUGCGGGGGGUGGGGGGGGGCAGCCGGCACUCCCUCUUCCUCACACGGAGCCCCCGCUGCCCCCCGGGUCCUCCACGUUGGCCGCUCUGCUCCACAGUUAACCUUCUCAACAUGUCAGAAUAAAGACAAGUGUUUGCAAAGCGCCUCCUGUCCCCACCCCUG